ACACACACGCACACAUAACACACACACACACACACACACACACACACACACACACACACUCACUCAAUGACAGGAUGGCCGCCGUCUCACCUCGCCACUGCCGAACGCCUCAGACCUUCUUCAUCUUCCUCUUCAUCCUGUCAGCUGGACCAUUGUGGUCUGUCUCCUGUUUUAAGGUGGCGGAGGGGGGCGUGGCCUCCCUGUCCUGCCAGUACUCGGUGAAGCGGUUCGGUCUGAGCCGGGUCUGCUGGGGUCGAGGCUGCGGGACCUUCUGGUGCAACAACAUCCUGGUCCAGACGGACGAGCACGGGGUCAUCUCCACGGUGGAGGACCGGUACAGUCUGACGGGGGACGUCCUGGACGGACAGAUGGACCUGGACAUCCUGAACGUGAGGCGGACGGACAGCGGGCAGUACUGCUGCAGGGUCGACAUCGACGGCAUCUUCAACGACAAGAAGGUGAUCAUGAACCUGAGAGUGGUCAAAGCUCCGGUCACCAGUUCUCCUCCUCCAACCACAUCAGCAUCGACCAAUCAGCCGCCGGCGUCCACAGUAAACUGGAGAUUCCUGCUGUCGUCUCAGCUGGAGCUGCUGAGGAAGAACUCCACCCUGCAGCGCUCUGACACCGUCAUGGUGGAGGACUCUCUCCCGUCUCUCUCCCUUCAGAUCAAUGUUCCCGUCCUCUCUCUCUCCCUCAGCGUCUUGUUGAUUUUGGCGGCAGUCUUUCUCUUCCUGGCCUUCAAACGUGGAAUAUACAGAAGAGCCUUAAAGAUCCGCUGUUUCUCCUCUGAAGAACCUCCUCACAUCAUCUACGAGAUCCGCAUGAGAAGACCGGUCACCGAGAACAUCUACACUCUGGACUAGAGACCAACGAUCACGCCCGGAACACA